AUGGAGGGAUAUUUAAAAAAAUGGAUUAAUUUAUUUUAAUAAUGGAAAUAUCGUUAUUUCAUAUUACAUGAAGAUUGUCUUCAUUAUUGUGAUACUAAAGGAAGUUAGAUAAAAGGUACAAUUCAUUUAAAAAUAGCGAAUAUAGCCCAAACAGCAGAUGAUCCUUUACGAAUUAUAAUAAAUUCAGGAACUAAUUAAAUUGAAAUAAAAGCACCUAAUAUUCAUUCUUAAAAAUAAUGGCUUUAAAAAUUGUAAGAAGUUUAAGAUUAUGCAAGAUGUUAAUUUGAUUCUCUAACUUUAGAAUAAUUAGAAUAAUUAAUAAAAGUCAAUAAAACUUUGGAUCCAGCAUAUAAGAAAAUGCUUAUAACUUCAAAUAAUUAAAAAAUAGAAAAAUCUUUAGUUGAAGUAUAUGAAAAUGGAGCUAAAUUAGAUGAAAUUUUAUCAGAAUUACUUCCUUAAAUUUCAUCAACUAAAUAAAAGGAUUUAGUUGAUAAUUUGUAAAAAUACACACAUUAGAUUAAAGUAUUGUUUAUUUAAAUAAUAUCAAUAUCUAUUAUGUUUUUAUAAAUCAUAUAUAUAUAUCUUUAUAGUGAUGAUACUUAUUUUUAUAAAGUUUAAUAAUCUUAGUGUAUUUUGGAAGAUUUUUAAAAAAUUAAUAACUAAAAUUAAAUUAUUCCUUAAUAAAAUUAAAUAGUGUCUUAAACUUCAUUAGUAGCAUUUUUUAAGGAUAGAUGUUAAGUCAAAUAUAGACUUUUGACCAGUAAUCCUGCUUAUUUAGCAACUGAAAUAAGCAAUGAAGCUAUAAGAACGAAAUUACCUAAAGAAAAAGACCCGAAUGAAAAAAUUAAUAUAUGGUCAAUUCUUAAAGAUUCUAUAGGAAAAGAUUUAUCUAAAUUUGCUGUGCCAGUUUAUUUAAAUGAACCAAUAAGUAUGUUAUAAAGACUUGCUGAAUAAAUGGAAUAUUCGGAAGCAUUAGAUAAGGCAAAUGCAUAAGACGAUUCAUGCUUAGCUCUAUGCUUUGCAAUGGGAUUUGCUGCUAGUGUAUAUGCUGGUACUAUAAAUAGGACAAAGAAGCCUUUUAAUCCUUUAUUAGGUGAAACUUUUGAAUAUGUAGAUGAUUUGAAAGGGUAUAAAUUUAUUAGUGAAUAAGUAAGUCAUCAUCCUCCUAUAAGUGCUGGAAUUGGAGAAAGUAAGAACUUUAUAUUUUAGGGAGAUUCUAAUAUAAAGAAUCAGUUUUGGGGAAAAUCGUUUGAAGUGAAACCUUUGGGACAUUUUCAUAUUUUUUUGAAGAGAAAUAAAUGGGAUAUUACGUUCAAAAAAUGCACGACGGCAGUGAAAAAUAUAUUCAUUGGAUAAAUGUAUAUAGAUCAUUAUGGGGUUAUGGAAUUCAAAAAUCAUACUACAGGGGAUUUUGGGGAACUUAAUUUUCAAGAAAAAGGGGCGUGGAGUGAUAAAGGAUAGUAUUAAAUUGAAGGUUGGGUCAAUAAUAAGGAUAAUAUAUGUGCCUAUAAAUUAAAUGGGAAAUGGAAUAGUGAUUUAAUUUGUAAAAAUGUCAAUACUGGGGAAAGUUUGGUAGUCUGGAAAAGAUAUUAAUUACCAGUAGGGUCAGAAAAGUAUUAUUAAUAUACUUUAUAUGCAAUGUAGUUGAAUAAUUUAAAUAAAGAAAAUAUUAAAUGGAUAUGUCCAACAGAUAGUAGAUUAAGACCAGAUUAAAGGGCUUUGGAAUAUGGAUUACUUGAUAUUGCUGCAGAUGAAAAAUUUAGGUUAGAGCAAAAGUAAAGGGCAAGGAGAAAGGAAAAUGAGUUAUCAGGAAAAUAACAUGAUAUUGUGUUUUUUGAAUAGAAAUUAGAUUAACUUACAGGAGAGUUGGAGUAUAAAUAUAAAGGAGGAUAUUGGGAGGCUAGAGAAAAAUAAGAUUGGAGUUAGUUACCGAUUUUAGAUUUAUAUUGA